AUGGAUGAUGAAUUAAAUGUAACAUAUAUAACUAUUGGUGGGUAUGUGGAAGUGGACAAAUACAGAUAUGUUUAUUUUUUGAUCAUGUUUACAGUAUAUAUUCUAAUAAUCGGCAGUAAUAUCAUUAUUGUGUGUCUUAUAUGGGUUCAUGAAAACCUUCAUGAGCCUAUGUAUGUUUUCAUUGCAGCUUUGUUACUGAAUGCUGUUCUUUACAGCACUACUAUCUACCCAAAAAUGUUAAUUGACUUUUUAUCUGAAAAACAGAUCAUAUCCUAUUCAGUCUGUCUUUUUCAGUUUUUUAUAUUUUACACUUUAGGCAUGUCUGAUUUCUUACUGUUGUCAGCCAUGGCUUAUGACAGGUAUGUGUCUAUAUGUAAACCUCUGCAAUAUCCAGUUAUCAUGAGAAAAACUACUAUCAGUAUUUUUCUGGUUUUAUCAUGGCUUUUGCCAGUGUCUACGGGCAUUGCUGAUACUAAACUGUGCAACUUUAAUUUAAAAGGAAUAUUUUGUAACAAUGUAGUUUACAGUCUUCAUUGUGUGAGAUCAAAAUUUGUGACAAUAUAUGGUGUGGUUCUUUUAAUCAAUUUUGUACUACUCCCUAUGCUCUUUGUAAUUUUUACAUAUGUAAGGAUAUUAAUAUUAACUUACCAAAGUUGUAAAGAAGUCAGGAAAAAGGCAGCAGAAACAUGUUUACCCCACUUGUUGGUUUUAAUCAGCUUCACCUGUUUGAGUGCAUAA